AUGGGAGGUGGGAAAAUUGAUGUUGGUGUAAGUGAGGAUACGACGAGGGUCGUUUUUCAUGCGGAUAUCUCCGCAAAUAGAGCCGUGAAGUACCUUUCUAUUUCUGCGAUGGGAGCAGCACGCUGCAAAUGCCCGAACAAAGAUUUCUGA